UUGGCAUAUAUUUAUGUUUAAUUUUAAAUCAUGAACCACAACAUACCAGCAGCUAUUUGGCUAUCGGUAUAUUUUGUGCCAAUUUUCUUUUUCUUUUGUGUGUAUGAAACACGAAGAGAAUCAAGCUCAAAAACUUUGUCAGAUUCAUGUCAGAUUGUGAUAAUUAAAUUUUAAAUCCUAAUCUCAAACGUUAAACCUUAAACCCUAAACCCUAAGCUCUGUAUUACCAUUUGAAAACCUACAAUUUCAAGUAAUGUGAAGCUCUGGCUGCCAAAUGCGUAAUCUUUGAAUGAGAUAUUGUCUGAACUUCUCACAGGAAAGGAUUCUUUUGCACCCUAUUAGUUACCCUUAUAUGGAGUUGAUUUUCCUGAAAUAAGAUAUAUAUUCUGUUCCGGAUGUUGUGUAGAAUUACAUCAGGGGAAAUCAAGGCAGAAAAGAAGGAUAGACGACAGCUAAUCUUAUUUUUCUGUGAUCAUUUUUAGUUCUCAUUACUGUAGAUAUGGCCACAGUUCAUGCUUUCAUAUUCAGUAGAGUUGAGAAUGUUUAUACCAUAUGCAACCCUUCAAGUAAAAGCUCAAGAAGAACCAGGAAAACUGUUCGCUUGGUAGGUGCUAAAAUCCCAAACGUUUUGCCUUCCUUUCCAGUGGUUGAUAGCAUCUGUAGGUCUACAUCUAUUCGAUGUAUUAUGGGAGAAAGGUUAAAGCAAGGACGUGAAUUAGAACUAGAAGACACUCUACUCUGUCGCGAGGAAGACAGGAGAAAAAUCUUCUCUGAGAAAAUGACUGCCGCAAAAUCCCUGGUCAGAGGGCGUUCAGAGUUUUGGGAUUUAGUUGAUCAAAUCUCCACUAGCCUACACAGAGAACAUUGGGAAGAAACAAGUGAAAUUACAAAAUUGAGAUCGAUGAAGAAAGAUUUGAAGGCAGAUGUUGUGCUGGAGGUUCUGAAGCUUCAAACCAAUGCAAAGAAGGCCCUUGAAUUUUUUCACUGGGCAGGAAAGCUGGAGGAAUAUGAGCACCAUUCUGACUCCUACUUAAGUAUUAUUGUGAUUCUGAGCUCAUCAAACAUGCUUGAUGCAGCUCAAGCCAUCAUAGAACAGAUGAACAACAACGGGCUUCAGAUAGAUUCAGGCAUUUUCGCUGUUUUGAUGAAAUGUUAUGGAGACCUCGGGAAAACUAGAGAAGCAUUGGAUGUUUUUGACUCCAUGAAAACUAAGGGAUACGUGCCUGGGACUAACUCUUAUAACACUAUUCUGGUAGCCCUUGUUAGGGCUAAAGAGCUUGAAAUGGCGGAAAGCAUUUAUGUAGAGAUGUUGGGAUACAGAGUAAAUAUGAAUACACUAACUUUCACAACAAUGAUUCACUGCUUGUGUUUGAGAAACAAACUUGAAGAAGCAAAGGGCAUGCUCGAAAACAUGUUGGACCAAGGCUCUUCCCCAGAUGUUGUAACAUAUACGACAUUAAUCUCCAGCCUUUGUAAAAGAGGAAAGAUGUCACAAGCAUUUGACAUUUUUGGGAAAAUGCAGGAGCAAGGUUGCAGUCCAAAUGUUAUUACUUACAAUUUUAUGAUAUACGGACUGUGCUUCGUAGGCAAAGUGGAGGCAGCUAUCGUAUGGCUGCAGAAAAUGCCUAGUAAGGGUUGCACCCCAAAUAUCUACAGCUACACUUGCGUAAUGGAUGGUCUAGGUAAGGUUGGCAGAACCAAUGAGGCAAAACAGUUGCUUAGUGAAGCUAUUGGGAAAGGCCUGGCACCUACCCUUGUCAGCUAUAAUGCCCUAUUUCAUGGAUAUUUUAGGGAAGGAAGGCCAGAUGAUGCUCUGGAUCUGUUUGAUGAGAUGUCUCGGAAAGGUAUUAGGCCUAACAAGGUAUCUUACACCACCUUGAUUCAUGGCCUUGUAAAAUGGAGAAGAAUACCAGAGGCUUUGAGAUUACAAGAUGCCAUUGAACUGAAGGGUUAUAAGCUUGAUUUUCCAACUUUGAAGGCCUUGCUUCAGGGAUUGUGCAAAGAAGGCAGUCACAAAAAUGCAUGCAGGUUAUUCCGAAAAAUGCAAGAGAUGGGUCAUCUUCAUGAUUCUGAGGCAUAUUAUAUGGUUAUCAAUGCCAAUUUGUUGGCAGGAGAGAUGGAAGAGGCAUUGAUCCUCUUCUAUGAACUGGUGAGAAAUAACCCACCAAAUCUUUUAGUUUAUAAUAAAGUUCUCCAAGAUUUUUGCAUCAAUGAAAGGCUUGAUGAUGCUAUCCACCUUUUGAAAUUCAUGAUUGAAAAUGGUGGGGUUGCAAAUGUCACUUCAUAUAGCAUCCUGCUUAAAGAGCUUUGCAAAGAAGAUAGAGGAGAUGUUGCAAGGCAAUUCUAUGCAACAGCCUUGAAAAGAGGUCUGUUUCCUUAUUACAAUCCUGACAACCACGUAUGCAGAAGAAAAUUCAUUGAAUCAGAUUGAGCAAGAGUUUUGAAAGCUUCGUACCAUGUAUGCAGAAGAAAAUUCAUGGGAUCAGAUUGAACAAGAGUUUUGAAAGCUUCACGCAGUUUUCUAACUUUCUAGUGUCAUGAAGGGUUGGGUUAAAUCCUGCAUGUUAUCUCUGUCCUGGUGGCAAAAGGAGUCACGCCAGAUGCACUAAGGUCUUGAUCUCGUGGGAGCUAGAAAAGUUCUUUAGGCCACAAAUGUAAGUGUGUGCUUUUGCACUGGAAAUUAUGAAGCAGAACACUGAGGAAGGAUUUUUAUGGCCAAGUGGAGCUCCCAUACUGCUCUUGGAUUGGACCUGUGUUGUUACCCAUUCCUUCUGAUAAAUGUGUCUUGAUGGUACCUAGAAAUACUAUUUUGAAUCAUAAUGCAGUUUUGCUUUUCUUUUGCAGACUUAAUGUAUAUUUCCAAGAACCUUUGUAUCUGAUUUAAGAAGAAAAAGAAGAUUUUGAAUAUG